CACUGUUCAGACCGUCCUGAUGGAGAUAAGAGAGUGGCUGGACGCUCAUCCCAAAGAGGUGGUCAUCCUCUCCUUCAGCCACUUCCUCGGCCUGAACCAGGAGCUGCACAUGCUGCUGCUCACAACCAUCCGCAACGCAUUCACCUCCAAACUCUGCCCCAAAACGGAACCAUUAACUCUUCGAAACCUGUGGGCUUUAGGCUACCAAGUGAUUGUGUCCUAUGAACACACCAUUUCCAGCUGUCACAGUGAACUGUGGCCGCACAUUCCUUACUGGUGGGCCAACAAAUGCAAAGCUGAGGCUCUUAUUGAAGAGUUCGAACACAGGAAACAACAUGGCAGACCAGGAGGUUUCUUUGUCACAGGAAUCAAUCUGACAGAAGACCUGAAGUACAUCUGUACACAUCCGACAGAGUCCCUGAAGGACUUAGUGAUGUCCACGUACCCAACACUGCUCAGUUGGGUUAAAGAACAAACUCCCGGCUCCAGAGUCGGCUCUCUGAACAUCAUCGCCGGGGACUUUAUCACAGAGAGCCACUUUGUACCGACUGUUGUUACACUGAACGAGAAACUACUGAAAUGGUCCUCAUGACUUUCUGCCAAUAAGCAUGGUUCUCCAGCAACGAAAAAAUGUGAAUCACAGCAUGAAAUACACUCAAGCUUGUUUUGUUAAGAGUGGCAGAAAAAUACUUGAAUUAUUCAUUUAAACAUUAAUGCACUUGCUGGACGCAGUGACAUGUGCAUUUCAGUCUGAAAGCUGCUUUUUUUGGAUAUUUUGACCUGCACUUGUUUGUUUACAUUCAGUUCAAUAUUUAUGCAAUGUACUGUAUCAGUUUUCACAAGUCAGCGAGGCAGCCAGGUUUAUGUUACGCUGACCAAAGCAAUAACGAUCCAGCUAAUCUCACCUGAACGUAGGCAUUUUAGACGAGUAAGCACAACGUAUUCAAUGAGCACAUAUGACUAAUGUAGAACACAAACUUUUAUAAUUAUAACAUGAGCAGUAAACUGUAUCAGCUACAAUACGCUUAUUUACCCAUAGAGAAUGUAGAAAAGACAUGAAACUUAUGCAAAAUGCAUGGAAAACCUACUUGCAUGAACCCAACGUUGACUGUUUUACUACUUUAGCCGAGAGGUUCAGCCUUGAUUUAACAUGACGCUGCACCGCUGUGCCUGUGGAGAUAAGCUUUUCCAAUAAACAUGAGCAUUUUUAUGCAAAA